ACUUCAGGUACAGUGCGUAUAGUUAGUUUUGAUCUAUUCAUAUAAGUCUCAUACUUUCCGACCUCAAAGCUCGCACCAACCGGCAUUCUUUUCAGCCGAUAUUCCAUCUUGUGGAAGCAUUGUGACGUAUGAUUAUGACGUCAGAUUCUCAAGGUCUUAAUUUCAUUAUCAUAGCUCCAUAACGUUGUUGUACUCUAUGAGCACUGGCUCGCAUUUUGUUUUAAUUUUCAAUCGGGGUACUUUGGAAAUUUUCCUCUCCUCUCUUGUGUGGUAUUUUGUUCCCAAUUUUCGUCAUUGCCAUUUGGGUAACAUUGUGAUCACGUGACACCAUACCAUCUCCCCAAGAAAGGACAUCUAGAUAUAUCAUGUGCACCAUCUCCUAUCCGAUGUGAUGUGACAUGGGCCAGGGAGACACGGCACCUGGGAUGCGUUCCAAGAGGCGGCGACUGGAUGCGACCGUUUCCAUGACAACCGAAGAGUCUUCCACGCACCGCAUCCAAGGUUUCAUUCACCCCCUUUGAGAGUUAUCGAUGCAACUGGAAAAUUGAGAAUUGGAAUUUACGAAUGCUGAUACUGGAAUAAACCUGAUCAGAUGACUAUAGGAUAAUCUAAUAAUGGUCAGGAGCUACCGUUUUGUAAGGAAAAGACCAUCAAUAAGUUUUCAAAAGAGGAAGGAAAAAGUUUACAUAAUUAUGAAGCAAUAUUAAGAGCCUCCAAAUCUACAGCGAGUUAACGGGACAUUCAAUGCCGCGUUUGACAAAAGUAUACCAGAAUCGCUUUUAAAGAUAUCUCUGACCACCAAGCCAACCAUUUUCUUGAAACUGGAGAAACAUUGCCCGGCACAAGCAUGAGGAGUGGAGUUCAUGUUUUCAUAUAGUCUGUUUUUCAUAACGUCUGUUUUCACCCCAAAUAUCAAGUAACCUACCAGUGUGACCAAACUGACCAUUCCAAAUUAGCGCAUCCACCGCCCUUUCUUGUUUUCAAAAGUGACGUUUUUCUACCCCCCCCCCCCCCGAAGCGAAGCGGAUUUGGUAGCCAAUCUAUGAUGUUUUCUUUCUCGAUGUUGGCAAUGAAUACUAGCGUGUUUUAUGAAGGACGUUAGCCUGUCGGCGAGGACCGCUUGAAGACUCUUCAGUGAAACAAUAUCCGUGUUUUGUGGCUUUGAUAUUAAUUUGCUGGUAUAGCCAUCUUGCAAGCUCUACAACCAAAUACUUGUUGGAUAAGUUAGAAAUUGAUUAACGACUUCCAGUAAAAUAUAAUCUAAAAUCAGUCUGUCAGAAGCUGUAUUUUUUUUCUCCGAGAUUUAGAUUGAUUGCGCUUUAUUUUAAAGUUAUCCACGAGUAUUUCAGUCAGUCCGAGAUUAAAGUGCAAGAGGACAUUGGCCUUUAAAGACUGGAAAGACCAAUGAUGGUAUAGUCGUGCUCAUUUUGAGUGUUAAUCAAUCGAUCGCUGCAAGUUGGAUCCAUAAUCAACCCAGUCUGUUCCUUUACGCGAGUAAACCAUAAUCACAACUGAUCGAGGCAUAGAGAAGGAUGGCAACAACCCAAGCAAUGUCGUUUUCAACAGGCAUUCCCGUCGUUACAACGUCGAAUUCGACCCCUAUGAUCGACGGAGACGACAGUUUAUUUCCCCACUCACUGACGUGGAUCAUCAUAGUCGGUAUCGUCUAUUCCUUCAUCAUCCUCAUCACCCUGGUCGGCAACGCUUUCGUCAUAGCCGCGUACAAGGUGGACGAACGCAUCCGUGCUCGACCAUCGAGUAUUCUCAUCCUUAAUCUCGCCAUCUCCGACUUCUUCAUCGGGAUCACACUCAUCUUCAAUUACGUUUUCCUCCUCUACGACGAAUGGCCACUUGGUGAGAUACCCUGUAAGCUAUGGACGGUCUUGGACUACACCUGUUCCUACAUGUCUGUCGUCACCAUCACCCUCAUAAGCUUAGAUAGAUACUGGAUGGUGAAGAAGAAGCUCGGCUACCGGAAGUACCAGACCAAGAAGCGGAUCCUCAUCACCCUUGCGAUCUGCUGGAGCGUCGUUCUCGCAUUCUACACCAUAACCGCCUUUGGUUACGGCGCGAUGACGAACACCAACCACGUCGAUUUCUCCGACGAUUGCGAGAUGGAAUACCUGUACAGCACACCGUUUUCAGCGGUGAUGAUCACUGUCGAAUUUGUGAUACCGUUCUUCGUCAUUCUCUACCUGAACAUCGUGGUGUAUAUGAAUAUUCAAAUGAGGACAGGGCAGCUUGUGAGGUCAAAACCUGACAAAGGGCAUGACAUGUAUUCGAAGACUUCGUUGGAUACUGAUAAGACGAUAGGGACUGAUUCUGCGAGCGGGUUGGCCUAUUCCUCCAAUCCUCUGUACGCCAAGAAACCUGUUCCUAUAGUAACUAUAUCAUAUUCGACAAAGGACAAAGCGGUUACGCCUAAUGACACUACUGAGUCAACGGACGAAAAGCCUUCAAAUGCAUACGAGGUUGAUGAGUCCUUUGAGGAGUCAAAAGCUUCUGACGAAGGUAUUGUAUCAGGAGGUACCGACAUUGCACCAAAUGUCCACGGCUUUGCAAACCCGAGUGUAGAUGUAAACGACGUCGAUAUUAAAGCCGAGACAGCAGUGGUGUCGAAUAGCCACAACACGAACAACAAUGCUAACCAUAGCACAACUAAAUCGGAUGAUGGUAUGUUAAAAGUUGAAGAAAAGACACGCCCACUGUCAGCAGCGUCCUUGAAUUCUGUUGUUAGCUCCAAGGGGCACACGACUCUGGCACGCACUAACAAGGAAAAAUCUAAGAAAGCUCGUGAGUUUCGACGACAACGACGAGCCGCCAUCGUGCUCUUCACGCUCGUCAUCACGUUCGGCAUCUGUUGGCUUCCCUACCAGAUAACCACAAUCCUUGUAACCAUAAUGGGUGAUGGGUCGAUUAAUUACAUAAUAGAAGAAAUCAUGACGAACCUCCUUUGGUGUAACUCGACCAUAAAUCCGUUUCUCUAUGCCUUCGUGACUGUGUCUUUCCGAAGAAACUUCAUUCGGUUCCUCGGCCUUGAUCGGAUCACGUGGUGUCAGAAGAAACAAACUUCGGAUGAUGUGCAGGACCGGAUUCACACGAGCGACCCAACUGAAUGUGAUAGCUAAUACCGAAUGGAUAUAGCUAAUAAAUUUACUUGUAGACCUCAUCUUAGAGGCUGAAGCCAUUGCCUUGCAUGAGUUCAUUGCGUUGGUGAUCUGCAACUGGCGCAUCCCUGACAACUCCUUCUGCGCGUAUUCCUAUAUCCUCUGAGGGAGGGCGCUGUGAGAAUAUGACGUCGUAUGUAUAAUUGUUCAUUGUCUGAAGAAUAACUCUCUUUAGGGGCGUCGCUAGGAUAUUUUGUUUGAGGAGGGGGUAGGACCUAUUUUUGGCGACAACAUAUUCGUGAUGGUUCCUACGCUAUAACUUCAAUAUCAAGUUUUCGGCCCUUUGCUUUUAUGAAAAUUUAUGUCUGCGAACGAGUGAAGCGAUAGAUCCCAACAUAACCAUAAUUAAUUAUGGUAUGAGAAAGAAGUUUUUUUUCGAAAUAAGUACUACUUUUAAAAUAGAAACGAUAUGACGAAUGAUCACUACUUUAUAACCUUCAUCUAUCUACCGAAAUUAACCAUGUCUUUAGCGCCUGUUUUAUACUCUCGCUUGAUAAACCAUAACUAUGAUUAUUCUGUAUACAAGGGAGCGAAGCGAGCUAGGAUGUAUAAAAUAUUGGACUAAUCAUUAUUCGUAGAAACAUCUAGUGACGCCCGGCCUUCUCGUUAGGGGGUUUUGUAUCAGAAAAGAAUAUAUAUACUCGGGUAAAAUAAGGCGUACUUAAAAUACUGUAAUAAAUUCAUUAAUCCUAAUCGUAAGAUGCUGUAUCAGCGAAAGUCAAAAUAAAUAUUUUAUAUUUAUGUUGUCAUGGUAAUAACAUGAAUAAUGGGUCAAGAUGUGAUAAUAAGUACAUUCUAGUACUUUUUUUUUUUUACAUUUUCUUUAUAAUAGUAGGAAAUAUCUAAACAGAGAGAUUGUAUAAAAAGUAUACAAGCCCAAAAGAGUUUACAAGAAACAUGUAAUCAAUUACAAUAUCUCAAAUUUAAAACUUUCUGUUACUCUUCUUACAUAGUUCUUGGUACUUUUAAUCAACUAUGUCAGUCCUAUCAUCAUGUGGAGCGUUUCAUUUUCAUCAUAUUUAUCCGCAAGUUGUCAGAUCUGGCUAAGAUACAAUGUUACUGUUGUAACUGUCAGAUAAAAACUGGAGUUGUCAGAUAUAACGUCCGACAAGUCCUUUCAUGAAACGCUCCCCUGGGUCCCGUAACACAAAGGUUAGCGAUUGAUUGUAUACGCUUGAUUUUUACGAUUGACUGUGUACAUUGUAGUCAAUGGAAUCAAUCGUUGAAAAAUGUUCUACGAUCAUUGCUAAGUUUUGUGUUACGGGCCCCAGAUCCAUUGGCGAUGGAAGCCAAAUAUUUUAGGGGGACCACCAAAUUUUUUUGACAAGCAAAAAAAAAAAAAAAAAAGGUUAUCAACCCAAACUUUUAGGGGGGACGCAGGAAAUAAAAUUGACAAGCAAACAAAAAAAAGGUUAUCACCACAACAUUUAGGGGGGAUCGUCCCCCCACCUCAAAUUUAGGGGGGACACGUCCCCCUCGCUUCCGCCGCCUAUGCCCAGAUCAACAAAAGUUAUUGCAUUUGGAAUAGAAUGUAAUCAGUCAGUUUAGAGUUGGUUUCGAUUGUGUGACAUUCUUCGGGUGUGUCGCAUAAAAACUAAUUUGCAAUUGAUUUCAAAAUUCAAUGGCAAAUUUGCAGGUGAUAUAGAAAAUCAAAUUUGAUUGGUUUGAAGAACAAAAACCGAAUUGUAUUAUUGAUUCUGUGCGAAAUAUAUCUUGAAUAACUAUUGGAAAAACAGGGUAUGCUAAUUUUUCUCAGUUGCGCCAUGGAGCUCUAUGGUUGCGCUUUGUUUCCUCUGUAAAAAAGCGCUAUAUAAAUACAAUUAUUCCCAUUAUUAAAUUAUUGUCAGACACUAACCAUUCUACACUGUGGACUAUUUAGUCUUCGCUUAAGACAAGUUGUUUAUCGGUAUUUAUGGAGGUUGUCAUCUAUCCCAUCACCCAAAUAAAGACUUAUUUUUGGCAUAUUCUUUACAAUUUACAGAAAAAGUGGUUAUUCGAUAUGUGGUAGGACUAUACUACUUCAAUUGCAAUAUGGAAACUAUUGCUUCAAAAGGCAAGAAUAAUAAUUACCCAUGAUACUGACGUUGAGGGGGUAUGAUAAUUUUAUAUCACCGGUUAUCAAUCUGUGUUGAUCACGAGGAGUUUUCUUUAGCUAACUUUUUUUCCCAGAUCGUUCUUUGGGGCCUGAGGCUGAUGUUGCCAUCACAAAAUGUUGAAAAAUGGCCGGUGACUGCCACGUAAUAAACCAUAAUUAAAUUAAUAUUACAAGGUUUUACGUCGAGCUAAUUAAAUAUGAAUUAGCACUAUUCUUAAAUCUGUCCAUGUUGGGAGAUAAAGUGAAUGUGUUGGCGGGAAGUGAAUUCCACGGCCAUUCAUUGUAAUUUCUGAGAUGAGGUUUUUUUUCUUCAAUAUAGUGUAAUGAAAAGUUGGCCUGCAUUUUUGAAUGAAUGAAUUUUAACUGUGUAAUAAUGUGAGUAGUGCAUCCUUGGAAUGAUGUAUUAUUUCUUAGGGGGGGGGUGCCAUUAGCAUUGAAUAGUGGCUGAUUUGACGGAUACUGAUGAUGUGGAAUAUUCCAUUAUAAAUGUAAUUAAAACAUGCAUUACGAUCAA